AUGUCCGAGCGCCCAUACGACAUUCUCUCAGACGCUGAGAAAUUAGCCGUCACAGCCCUCGAGGACGACGGCAUCUCGCAGGCACUCAGGAUCAAGUUCGAACUCACACUGUCAGAGAAGAGGCUCAAUUACUUCUUCUUCGAGCCUGGUACUUGA